UGAUAAUGUUUCGGCGGCCCUAAUGCGAUAUAAAAGGGUCGUGUGACCUGCGUACACGAUAUACAGUCUAUAACUAGUUAGAGAAGGUAAAAAUGACUUACGUAACCAGAUCCAGUCCUCAGCAAAGUGGCUGUAAUGCAAGCCUGUGCUGGGGCUGAAUCAAUCUCCCCUCCUUCAAAUCCCCGACAACUCUCUUGUCGCUCAACUUGCCCUUCACAAGGAAUAUCGACUGCCAGGUUAUGGAUGUAGGAACAGGUGUUACUGGGCCACCUGCCCGUCAGGGAAGUAAUUCUUACCCCCAAGAGAGCCCCACCAAUCUGUGGCUUUGAAGACGAUGAUGGAAAUACGAUCCUCUACGAACAGUCCCUGGAAAGAGGCCAGCUUCAGAUGAAUGGAUACCUCCAGCAACCUCCGCGGAGUUUGCGAUCUGUGUUGAGUGAAAUGCAGUCCGAUCCUCGGCUCGCCAGCGCGGCUCUUCAGCCAUACCUGCAGCAACUUAGCAUGAAUGAAGAGUACCAUUACCUUGGGCAGGAACAUGAUAUUCUGCAUGCAUCAGACUAUCUGCACCCAACGAAUAAAGAGACAUGUGAUGAUUGUGACAUGUCUCAAGUCCAGGCAAGACCGAACAGAGUGUCCAGCGAACCACAAAUUCAUUAUGGCAUGAUCGCAUCUGGCAAUCAGGUGAUGAAAGAUGCAACAACGAGAGAUGCCUUAGCAAUUGAGCACAAUGUGCUCUUCUUUGAAAUGGAAGCAGCGGGUUUGCCCUCUCUUAUUAUUCGGGGGUUUUGUGAUUACUGCGACUCCCACAAGAACAAACGAUGGCAGAACUACGCGGCAGCGGUCGCUGCCGCGUAUGCCAAGCUCCUCCUUUCUCGUGUACGGCCGGAGAUGGACCCGGAUUCUUCAGAUGAGCCGGUCCCCAAGCGGCGACGGAUUCACGGGCUGACUGCGGAGUCACCAUAA